UAAUAAAUAACAUAAUAUUUUUACUUUCAUUAGGUAUAUCUGGCCAAAAAAUAGAAUUAGACCCAGUUGUAAAGCAAAGAUCUAGCUCUACAUUUCCAUGGACAAAACAAAAGCCGGCUACAUAUGACAUGGAUUGUGUGGUAGCAUGUGAUCUUACAGAAACAAAAUCCAACAAUCGUGCUGUCUUAAGACUUGUAUAUGAUAGUACAGCAUUAAGCUCUAGUAUUGGAGAUAGUGCCCCUAGUCAACAAGGAACUGCUGUAUGGAGUAACUUCAAACACCAUGAUUUUGAAGCAGAACAAAAAGUGGCUGAAGAUAUCGUACAAAAAAUUAAUAAUAUCUUAGAACUCAGGUGUAGUGUAAGAAGACAGGAAUAUAUCUCAUUACGUGAACGUAAGUCACAUCGCAGAAGAAGCUUUCAUCUUGGUCCAAGAUAAAGUUGGUAACUUAUUUUUUUAAAGAUACUUUUAUUGGGUAUCAUGUGUUAUGUUUUAAGAAUUGUUUUUUUUUGCGCUGAAAAAUCAUUAAUGGAUACAUGAUAUAAUUUAAAAAAAAAAUGUGUUAUUGUAAUUAAUUUUCUUAUUCUAUACAAUUAUAUUUUUAUAUAUAAAAUACUCACUUGCGAUUCCUGUGACAUUUUUAUAAUUGUAAUUACAUUUUUAAGAGUUAUUUAUAAAUUGACAGUUUAAUUCCAAAAUUAUUGUACAUAUUAUUUAGAACUAUCACUGUCAAUAUUCAUUUGAUUGAAAUUAUAAUUCAUGUUUAUUAUAAAACCAUUAAUAUUAAUAAUAUAAAUAAAAACUAGAUAAAUGUUUACAAA